AUGUAUUUAUCAUAUUAUGGAGAUGUAAAAAAGAAAGCCAGAUGUAAGCUUCAUGGUGAUAUGGUCAAAAAUUUUAUUGGAGAUUUUUAUCAUAUGAGAAAUAGUUACACUCAAACUCAAUUUGAUUUGAGAUUUAAUGAUAUACUUUCAAAAUAUGAACCAUAUCGUUCUUAUCUUGAAAAUAAACUUUACCCUAGUCGUAAUUCUUGGGCUAGAUAUUCCAUUGCAAAAGUAUUUACAGCAGGGGCGAAGUCAACACAACGUGUUGAAUCUAUUAAUGGUGUACUGAAAAAACAUUUAGAUCGUGGUACUUUACUAAAGGAUUUAGUAAAAGUAGUUGAAAGUGAAUUGAAAAAAGAAUUACAAUAUAUCCGAAUUAAAGACUAUUAUGGUUUAAACCCAUCAGUAGGACUUCCUUCAACUUUUAAUACGAUAUUUAAAGAAAUUGAUAAUAUUUUACAAGCUCAUUUAUCACUUAUUCCAUUGUCUCUUCAACAAUCUAAUUCAACAUUUGGUGAUAUAAUUGAGCAUGAAUAUGAUUUGCCACAAAUUCGAUUACAUGAGCUUAUAUUAGAGAUUUCUUAUAUUGCUACUACUUCUUCAUCACCUACUACACCACAUUAUCUUGUUAUUCUUAAGGAUUCAUCAUUAAUUUGUACUUGUAUGAGUAAGUUUGAAGUAAUUUCAUCUGAUACAAAUGUUGUGAUUACUCAGAAAAUGAAAACUAGUGCAAAUAUUUCUUUGCAAUAUAUUGAACAAAUCAGACCUACUAAUGUUAUUAUACCAGCUAUUAGAGAAAAAGUUAAUAAAAAGGUUCAAUUUGGUACUGCAAUGUCAUUAGCAAAAACAAGUGUACAAAUCGCAGUAUCAGAAGGUGCUAUAACAGAAUUUAUACAUGUUGCCAAAAUAUUUUGGCUAUUUUGCUAA